GUUAAAAUCAGUGUUACUUGAGCUGCGGUCGACUCAGGAAGCGUCGCUCGCACUAAACAGACAUACUCAACGGAAAAUCAUACCUAACGAAUUGUACAUCGCACGAAUAAAAAUGUCUCACGAUAAAGAGUUCCAGAAAUGGAUCGAAAAGGUAAUGUCAAAGAUCAUCGAGAGUUUUGGAUCAAACAUCGAUCAAGCUCGAUAUGAGAUAACCGAACCCACUGAAGUUAUUAUGUCCACUAUGUACUACGCGUGCGUGAAGUUUAAAAAUAGACUGACGGGUCAGAAUGAAGAACAUUCUAUAAUACUAAAGAGGCCGAUACAAGCAGAAGUCUGGAGACAGAUGAACAACAGCGAUUUUCAAUUUCACAACGAAAUUUUAUUUUACCGGAUGUAUGCCCAACCGGAUGAGAACUUUCCGAGAUGUUUCUACGUUGACGAGAAGCCACCUGCCGACUCGGUAAUCGCUCUGGAGAACGUCAAUAAACGAGGAUACUGUCCUUGUCCACAUAAAUACAACGUUCCUUUGGAGUACACAUUGGCGGCAAUGCGCGAGAUCGGACGAUUCCACGGCAAAGGAUACGUCAUGAAGGAACUACAAAAGGAAAACUUCUUCGAUAUCGUGGGGCAGCUUCAAGAUUGUAGAUUUGACAAGACAAUGAGUUCAACGAAUGAGUUUAAGCUUCUUAUCAACACUCAGGCAACGCGAGCAGUGGAAUAUCUUCGCAGCCACGACCACGACACAAUUUUCUGCGACAAGAUGGAAGCUUUACUCUCGAACGCGUUUGACGAAGUGAUGAUAAAGACAGUUGAACCGUUAGAACCCUUGUCCACACUGUGUCACGGCGAUUUUACAUCGAAUAACAUUCUCUUCAAGACGGAAGAUGAUGGACAACAACGUGCAAUGCUGAUCGACUUCGCGCUUCUUGGAUAUUCGACUCCGGUCGUUGAUCUUUCCACGUAUCUUUGUUUGUGCUGCUCGACUGAAGUGAAAGAGAACAAGUUCUCCGAAAUAAUGCGAGCCUAUCACGAUGCAUUGAAAGAAUACUUAUUGGAAGCUGGCGUUUGGGACGUGGAGAAAUAUUCUUACGAAGCUUUGAUGGAUGAUUACAGAAGAGGUGGUCUCUUCGGUUUCAUUAUCGCAUCCUUUUUCUUACCACAUUUAAUGGGGUACGGCAGAGAUAGACAAUAUGAUGACUGGGGUACAAUGGACGCUUUAAAAUUGCUCAAGCAGGAUGGUGGAGACGAAAUAUCCAAGAUACUAGCUGACAUGUUGUUACAUCUGAGAGACCUUGGUUGUUUAAAACACUUUUUAUAAUCACGAGAUAUUUAUGUGUACACGCACCGACAUAAAUGGUGUCUCACGGCGCGCGGCGUUUAGGUGUAUGUACGUGUGUUGUCACACGCAUACACGCAUCGGCAAGAAUGGUGUCUCUUGGCGGAUGAGUCCACGCGCCAAGUCACACGUAUGAUACUUGGUUUGUGUAGCGUGUAUCUACACACAUAUAUCGAGCAGCCAAAAGACACAUUUCUGCCGGUGCGUGUAUACCUAAUACCGUAUGUUACUGUAUUAAUGUCACUGUAAUACUGUAUUAAUUCAUAUACCAAUAUUAAUGAAUUAUAGUAAUUAUAUAGAGUGAAUAAUUAUAUAAGUUAAAAAAAAUUCCAAAUACACAAUUAUGCUUCAGGCAUACGCAAUGUAAAUAAAUAGAAAGAAGUUUCUCUGUGUCGUAAAUAUAA